AUGAGUAGAAGAAGUGUUACGGUUCUAUAUGAGAGGCCAAUACAGAAAAGAGACUUGAAUAAGCGUGCCACAACUAUUGUGCCAGAUGCCAUUAGCAUAAAUGAUCUCAAGAUGGAGAUAUUUAGCUUAACUCUUGACAAUGAAAAGCCAAAUCCUUCAAAUGAACUUGAGGAUUCUGAAACAUUAAUUCUAGAUGAUUCUGGAAAAUUAUAUUUGAAUGAUGAAACCUCUCAAUCAAAAGUUGAAGAAACUUAUUCUAGCGACGAUUCCGAUGUAAUUGGGAACCAAACUUUUAACGUUGAUAAUUGCAUUAUUAAUACUAAUGAGACAUACAUACAAAAUUUACUAGAAAAGGAUGACAUAGAGAUCGUAGUAUCACCAAAUAAUCACUUGGAUCCAUUAUCCACUAAAGAAGAAACUUCUCCCAAUAUUAGGUCAGAAUGUGAUAUGGUUCUCGUGUGUAAUUCGAAUGAUCCAAAAGACCACCAAAUCAAUAAGUCACAUGAACAAGAGAUAAAUCAUAAAUCAACAGAGCAAUAUAACUCCGAGGAUAACCCUGACUGUCAGAGUGUUCCCACUAACCAUUAUAAAUUGAUUCAUAAACCAUUAAAACAACUUAUUUAUCAAACAAAUAGGAGUUUAUAUAACGUUGACUCCAGUAGGGUACAACACAGGGCCGGUUUGUCUAAAUCAGCGAUUGGCUUACCAAGUUUGCAUCCUAACAGAACCAGAUAA